AUGGUCAAAGCUCUGUUGGAAAUCCUAAACCCUAGGCUCGUUACAAGAAAUGUAAUACGUAAGUAUCCGCGAGCUGUUUCCCACGCUCGAUUUCCCUCUCGUCAUCUCGCCACUGGCCCAUAUGUAGCAGCAGGGUUGAAAAAGGAAAGUUGGAAGACAUGGGUGUACGCAAUUGGAGCUUUUGGCGCAUUGUCUCUGGGGGGGUACUAUUACUACUGGCCGCGUCACACAUUUCCCAACAGCGUGGCUAAAAUCUUGAGAAGAGCGCUAUGGGAAGAAAGCGACAAGAAAGACCAUGACUACCAAUCAGCGCUGAAAUACUACCUAGAGGCAUUGGAAGAGUGCGAGAAACUGUCGAUGGACCCCGUUAGUGACGAAUACACGGGGAUCGAGCUCAAAAUAGCAGAAAUGUACGAACGACUCAACAUGGCCGACAACGCACACGAGUUAUACCUGGAAAUGCUGUAUCGGUAUUUCGACGCUCUUCACACACCAGGCCGUGUGGCGGACGAUUUGAGGCCCCACUUAAUCCAAAAAGAUUUGCGAAUUCUGAUCAAGUCGCUCGAAAUGAAUAAAGACGUACAAGUCGGUAAAAGAAAUCUCCUGGCGCACCUUCUUCUAGCUCAAGAAGAAAUAUUGAGCAGAUCUCCUGAAUUGAAAGAGUACUUUGACAAACGGAAAGAACGAGCCACUAACCCAUUUCAAGGCAAACCAGUUGGUGACCGAGUAAACUUUGAAAGUUUUGUGAACGAGCAGAACAUCAAGCUGAAUGAAGAAUCUUACAUGAUUGUGGACAUGGCCAAAAAUAGUAGUGCUUGGGAGCCUUUCAAGGAAGAGUUUUUUACUGCAAGGGACUUGUACACAGCGUACUGUCUGUCCACGAAGGACAUCGGCUCGGCCCUGAGCUGUAAAUUGACCACUGUGGAAUGGAUGGUCAUGGCUGACAUGCCUCCAGGUCAAAUAUUGCUGUCUCAGGCUAACUUAGGCUCGUUGUUAUAUCUUCAAGCGGAAACCUUCGAAAGCAAGAUCCAUCAGCUCAACCUGCAGCGCGAAAACUCGCUUACCAAUCAGCAAGACGACGAAACAACUAUCAGGACACUGCGCCAAUUGCAUCGGAACCGCGAUUCGUGUUUUGAGAUGGCUACCAAGUGCUAUGGCAGUAUCGUCGCCUUCUCCAAGAAAAACAAGAAGCUACGAUUCAACGCCAAAGAGCUCAUGGACCCAUCAGCUGCCCAAGCGAUAGCUCUUUCUAUUUACGGAAUGGGAGUUAUAAACCUUCAUAAGCGGAACUUGGCUACGGCGGAACGUCUCUUGAACGAUUCCAUUAGUAUGGCCGAAGAAACUGGCUUCCAAGAAUUACUCACCGAAGCCCAUCAAGAACUACGCAAACUUGAACUAGCCAAAGACUCGACUCCUAAUAUUUCACAAACCUAG